GCUCACCAAACCGCUACAAUACAAGUUUUAUGAACUCAUGGCUCAUCAAGCGGAGAUGCUGAGCAUCUUUUUAGUUAAGGAAAUAAAGUACAUCAUCAAGCAAAUUAGGUAGUACAGUAUAACCAAAGAAUUCCUAACAAGCUAAGCAAACCUAUCGAGUUUGCAUUGGAGAAGACAGAGAUGAGUCAGGAGAUAGAGCACUCUUACCUGUCCAUCAGAGGCCUCAAGCUACACAUAGCUCGCACUGGAAAAGUUGUUUCAGGUGAAAUAGGGAAGACGACACUGCUCUUUGUCCAUGGCUUUCCUGAAGUGUGGUACUCCUGGAGGCACCAGAUGGUGGCAGCAGCAGCUGCCGGGUUCUGUUGUAUUGCACCAGAUCUCCCUGGCUACGGCCUCUCUGAUCCGCCCAUUGACUUGGCAAAAGCAUCAUGGGAGGGCUUGAUGAAUGAUCUCCUGGAAAUUCUUGAUUCCCUGUCCAUUUCCAAGGUAUUCCUCGUGGCAAAGGAUUUCGGAGUCAAACCAGCCUUUGACCUUGCUCUCUGCCAUCCAAGUCGUGUAUCUGGUGUUGUGACCCUCGGUGUACCUCCUCUUGUGGGAAGCCUUCGUCUCACCACUGGACUUCCCGAGGGAUUCUACAAAUCCAGAUGGAAGGAGCCUGGGAGAGCAGAAGCAAGCUUUGGCAGGUAUGAUGUGAGGAGGAUCAUGCGCACAAUUUACAUCCUCUUCUCCAAAGCCGAAAUCCCCGUCGCCGAGCAAGGCCUGGAGAUCAUGGACCUUGUAGAUGAGUCGACACCACUGCCUUGGUGGUUCACUGAAGAAGACCUCUCGAUCUACACCCAUUUGUAUGAGAAGAAAGGUUUCAUCACUGCCCUCCAAAUUCCAUAUAGGACCAAUGCGGCAAAACCAGAAUGCGCCAAUCCAAGGUUUGAGAUGCCAAUGUUUGUGAUCAUUGGUCAGAAAGACUACAUCCUCAAGUUUCCAGGAAUGGAAGACUACAUGUCCAGUGAGAAGCUGAAAGAAGUUGCCCCAGACCAUGAUAUCACUUACAUCCCAGAAGGAUCCCACUUUGUUCAAGAGCAAUUCCCUGAUCUUGUUAAUCAGCUCAUGAUACACUUCAUUAAGAAACAUCUAUGAGAUAGUAAAAAGUAUCUGGUAUACUGAUCAAGCAAGAUCGCCGACUGUACUUGGUAUAUCAAGAAAUCGAUUUUGUACAAUAAGAGUAAUAUUUUCGUACCAAUUCUGCCAGUAAAAGGAAAAAUGGUCGAUUCUUGUACAAUGGUUUUGUACAAUAAGAGUAAAAUUUUCUUACUGAUUCUGUCAGUAUAUUACAAAGAUGAUUUUGUACAA